GCAGUGAGGUGAACAAAAAAGGAUGAAGUGAACAAGAGAAAUGGUUGAUACUGGUGUUAUGACCAGGGAAGAAGGUUACAGAGAAGAAUUCAGCUAUGACAGGAUGCCAACUUUGGAACGGGGAAAACAAGAGAAUGGAAAUUAUAUACCAGAUAUCAAAUCCAGUGACCUUCAGCUGUCAAAGAGGCUGCAUCCUUGCUUUAGUUACAAAACAUGGAUAUAUUCUUUGCUGAUGGGAACUUGCCUCCUUAUUACUUCUGGAUUUUCACUAUAUCUGGGAAAUAUUUUUCCGUCUGAAAUGGAUUAUUUACGUUGUGCAGCAGGUUCAGUAAGCAUUCUUAAUUAUUUGCUAGAAACCCAUUCUGAAACUGUUUUUCAGAUACCAAAUUUUCAGAUUUUAUUUGUCUCUACAUUUGCUGUUACAACAACGUGUUUAAUUUGGUUUGGAUGCAAACUUGUCCUCAAUCCAUCAGCUAUAAAUAUAAAUUUCAACUUGAUUCUACUUAUACUGCUGGAAAUCUUCAUGGCAACUACUGUGAUCAUUUCAGCUAGGUCUACUGAAGACUGCUGUACAAGAAAGAAAAAUACUGCAUAUGACAGUGCCGUUGUUUUGAGCAAUGUCAGCUUUCCUGCUCGAAUUCUGAAGUCAUACUCAGUAAUCGAGGUGAUUAUUGGAAUUUCAUCAGUAUUUGGUGGAAUAAUUGCUUUGAAUAUGGAUGUUCUAGUCUCAGGUCCAUACCUCUCAGUAACAUUCUUUUGGAUCUUAGUUGCUUGCUUUCCAAGUGCUAUUGCAAGUCAUGUAGCUGCUGAAUAUCCAAGUAAAUGUCUGGUUGAGGUCCUGAUUGCCAUUAGCAGUGUUACCUCUCCUUUGUUGUUCACUGCUUCUGCAUAUUUGUCCUUCAGUAUCAUGCAAGUUGUUGACAUCUUUAAAAGUUAUCCACCUGCCGUUAAACAAUCUUAUGAUGUACUCCUGUUGCUUCUGAUGUUGAUGCUGCUAAUUCAGGCAUGCCUUACUAUUGGAACUGUAAUACAGUGUGUGAAUUACAAGACAAAAAUGAAACUACAAGAUUCUGCAUGGACACCAUCACAGGUUAAAAAACAGGAAUACAGAACAACAGAGGUUUCCAAUAAUACCUUAAAGGAUUUUGACAAAGAUAAAGCUUGGAAAGCAGUUGUGGUGCAGAUGGCUCAGUAGUUUGGAUUCUACAAAUGCAGCCAACACAGCACAAUCCAAUAAAAGAAAUCAACUGUUUGAAUGAAGGUUUAAAAACUUUUCCAUUUUUAAACAGCAAUAUAGUUGCAGCAAUAGAAGCCAUGGAAUAACACAGUAUAUAAUGUAUCUUUUUAAUAAUUUUAAAAUUUGUUGAUAAUAUUUUAACACAUCUGUCUUUUCUGUUGGUAUCUGUGGUCUAGUGUUUAGAAAAUACCUUUAGAAAAAGAUAAUGAGUCACAUGACUUUAUGCUGAUGGCAAAUAAAAUAUUGCAAUAUGUAGUAGGCUUCAUGUAUUUGCAAGAGAUUGUUAUAACUGCAAUUAUGCAGUCAGUGUGACUGAUAAAUGCUUUUGUAAAGUUAUGAGUACAAGUCAUAAUUGAUGUUUUUGCUUAUACUUCA